CGACGAGAAUGGAUCGUGUAAAGUAGACUCUAACGGUAUCACGGGGAAUGUGAGACAAAAAACGCUCGAGUUGCAAAAGAACAUCUUUUAAUAGAGUUAUCAGGUUACGAAAAAUUUCGCGUCAAAAGAAUUCACCCCUAAAAUAGAUUACAAUUUAUAUAGGCAGAUAUGUUCUCGUCGGCUGUGGACCUGUACGACGCGCCUCCGGCGUGGUGGGAAACGGACUGCGUAAGAUACGGGAUCAGUUAUACACCCGUGAGAUCGCGACUGACGUCGCUGAUGGGAAGUCACGUAGUGCGAUUGACAGAUCGCGGAUACAUGACGCGGCUCUCGUCGAGGCUGCAGGAAGAUUACGAGGUGCGGCAAAGAGCUCGAAUCGAACGAAGGAAAUUGCGGGCCACCUCGGUCGUACCGGAACUGCGUGAAUUACUGCCCGAAUCGUUGCUGAAAACGACUCGGCGACGUCGUCCGUGCGCCCCAAAAUUUCACGCGGGCGCGGCUAAGCUGUGUAAACAACUUCCGCAGCUGUUACUCGCGGAUGACCCAAAGCUCCACGUCGGAAUUCUAAACGCGUGAUUAUUUCACAUUUAUUUUGCGCCGCUUUAGGCGAGCGAGAUCUAGAUGUGAUCCAACAGAAUUUAGAUGUCAAGAAACAUCUUUCGGGAUGUCUGUUAUUCGCGCAAUAAAUAACAAGCCAUCUAAGUGAAACUUAUAUCAGACUAAGCGCUUGGAGAGACUAAUCGUAAGCUUUCAAUUAGCUAAACUAAAGCUAAACGAAUGAUUUGAUGUAGCAUUCGGUGACCAAUUUUAAUCACAAUUAGUUAGUUUCAGCGUAGCCUUAAGUCGUCACCGUCUCCGACCUUCUCUGUCGCGAUUUCUUCAACGGCAAAUGGAACAUGAGCUGCCGGUUGAUGGGGAUCCGCAUCAGUAUUCCCCUGGAGUUACGAUCGAUCGUAUCGUGGGCGUCAUCGGUGCCUGCAAAAGAAAAAGAUCGCUAUUUUUAAUCGCUCGAGAUCGCCCAGCUCCGCCUCUUACUCGUUCCGGUCGACGAACGAACGAUUGAUUUUUCCGUCGCGCGGAAUUAUCCGAACUCACCUAGAAUCUCGUCGCUCCAGAGGUCAUCCCAUGGAUCCGGCUCGGACAGGUGUUGAAAGCCCGACGAAAAGAUUAGCGAGGGAUCGGGCGCGUAUUUGUAGCGGAGGUCCGACCAUCCGAACGACGCGAGAGUGUCGCUGGAAAAUAAAAAGAACACUCAUGGGUAGCGCCAGUCAUGCGUGAUAUUAAUAUAACAUUUGCAAAUAGAGCUGAAGGAUCUCGGCGGCGCGAGAUUACGAGUUUUCUCGCGCGUGCUCGAGAUACGAUAACUAAACUGAACUUGGAGUAUCACUUUCCCUCGAGCGCGAUGACUUAUUGUUUCUAUCCAGAUUAGUUUUUUUUAUCAGGUGCAAUCUCGAGUCGCGAAACGAGUUUAAUCCUUUUUACUCGAAAAACUGGAAUGUACCUGUAAAGUUCGUCGAGAUAGUAUUUAUCCGGAGCUCUCGUCCAUGCUAAUGGAUGGAAAGGCAUCGCCGGCAUUGGAAGAUAGUGUAUGUGAUAAUGCUGCACGUGAUUCGUCUUGGUCUUCUUCUCCUUCAGAGAUUGAAAGAAUUCCUUCAGUGCUUUCUUAGGGCUGCAACGUAAGAGGUAUUAAUAAAUGAUGAAAGACGUAAAAGUAAAAAGUAGAUAUAAAAUGACACGCUUGUCAUCGUCCCAAUCGAGAGAGAGAGAGAGAGAGAGAGAGAGAUUCAUCAAGAAGGCUUUUUAAAAAUUGAGCCGCUUCGGAGCGGGGCUAGGGUGAUAAAAGCUUAUUACUCAGACAAUCGCGAGUCUACUCGCUUGAACUCAGUUUAGAAUUCGAUUACCGAAGGAUGUAAAAAAUUGUGAAAAAAAUAGCAUCGACCUUUCGGUCGAAUAAAAAUAACUCAAAAUAAAAAAAUUCACAAGGAGUUCAGAUUGAUUUGGAACAUUCUGUAUAAGACCAAAUAACUCUUUUCGAGUCUUAAUAGUCCCGAUACUGAAAAAAAUAAUGAAAAACGCACUCACUAGUCUAAAAAAAAUUCUUCCGAGGGUCCGACUAGUAGCAUCACGGGCAGCGCCAACUGCAAAUUACCACAAUGAUUAAUUUUUUACUUUCCCUUUCGAUUUUUCUUUUUUCUAAAUUUUAUUCUCUCGUUCAUGCAUAUUUAAUAAUUUAUCGGCGACCUCGAGAAACACAUGCCGACUAACUUGACUCGCGCGCGCGUUGAAUUAUACUAAAUUAUUUAUUAGCAGGAUUAGCAGGUCACAGAGAGCACAAGUUGUCGAAGCACUUCCUCCGCGCAACGAAGAACUGUCGACUGAGAUUCAAAAUUUACGAGAUCUAUACGGCCGUUUAGAUAUCUAUAACUGGUCGGUCAUUUACUUGCAACACCAGCCCGGUCUUCAUGCUGCAGCACCAACUGGAAGAUCGGUCGCUUCGCUACGAUUCGCAGUGAUAUCUGCGAUAUACGAUAAACUGAGAAUUUCGACGAAACUGGAUCGCUUUAUAGCUGCGCUCUUACCCUCUUUCUCUCCACGCGCUCAUACUUUUCAUUUUUCCCUCGGCCGUGGUUCAUCAGGCUGUCGGCCGAAGCCGACUUUACGUCUCCUGAGAAGCAUGUGUCGCCGCAUUGUCAUAAUUGCCUUCUCGCGGCUAUAAUAGUCUGGGAGGCGUUGCCGUGUGACACAUUUAUUACAUUGUACGCAUCAUUACGAAUUGUUGAAUAGCGUUUGAAUGUAAAUAGGUGUAAAAACAUUUUCUUAUUAGAAAGAAAGUAAGAAGAAUAGAAUUUUCAUUUCUAUCGCCGUUGUGUGCGAAUUGUUCUCAUCAUUUAUUUAUAUCGAGUAAUUUUAACUUUUUCUCGUCGCUUUAUUUAUAUCGAGACAUUUUAACUUUUCCUUCUCUAAGAAAGGAGAGGUUCGAAUCAAUUCGAAAGGUUCCCAAAGUAUUCCCAAAUAAUAAGUUUGCUUUUAAAAUUCUUUUGUUUAACCACUGGAAGGUUCCUUUCGAAUUUGUCACAUGUUUUGGAUCACUUUUACACGACGAUAAAUAACGUCAGCUUGCUAUCUGGGAAAUUGAAGAAUUUCAAAGCAAACGGUGAGAAACAUUUGUCCAUAAUAAGGGUAACAAUAAAUGUAUCACUACUUUACUUUCUAAUGAACUAUACCGAGAGAACUUUUACGUCUAUUUAAUCUUUCCUACGAGCUGAUGUAGUGCGGAUCUUACAUUUAUACGCUGACAAUCUUUUAUAUCUAUUUAAGACCUGUCUUUUUGCCGUGACCACAUGCAGUAAAUCGUAAACGUCGGAGACGAGAAAUCACAUAAAUAUUUCUCUCGCAAUGUAUAUCGAAGUAAUUUCAUGUUUUCAUAUGGCACCGCUCGCUUUCGAUAAUAGAAACUGAUAAAAUAUGCCGGAAA